ACGAACACGAACACGUGACCGCGUUAGUGCGCAGGGGCGGCCGAUGAUGGAUGUCGAUGUUAUGAACGUAGUGUUUCCACGACAAAAUUUUCACGUGACAACUCGAAGGAACGCGCGGGAAGUUAACGAUAUGAUGUUGUGAGACGACGAUCCUACAAAAUCUUGACAAAAGCGCGACAAAAGACUUCUUCGUGAACACCCGUUAUCCUGCGUACCGCCGAAAUGCCGAGCAAGGAAGAGGAGAACUUUUGCAAGAAAAUGGCAAAAGCCACCAGAGGAAUACACGCAAUCAGCGAUGCUCUAGUGAACGCGAAAUUGGCAUUCGGGUUUCUCGAUAAUUCUGUAUGGGGUGAUGGGCUUCUGGUUUUCUACGAGAUCUUCCGCUACUUAGAGGGUGCAAUGAUUAGAUUAAGAAACACCAAAAUUGGAUUACUUCCACUCAGUGAGCUUCAACGUACAGAAGCUUUUGAGCGAGAUCUUGAUCAUUACUUGGGGAAAGGGUGGAGAAAGAACUAUAGUCCUAGGGAUAGUGUCACCAAAUAUCUGAUGCGUUUGAGAGAAGUAGAAGAUACGGAUCCUACUCUACUAAUGGCGUACAUUUAUCAUCUUUACAUGGGUCUCCUUAGUGGCGGUAUUAUUCUGCGCAAAAAACGGCAACUCAUGCAAAAGAUCUCGCUUUUUAAAUCACCACCACCGAGUGAUGGUAACAAUGUUACAGACUUUGGACAAAACAGUAUAUUUCAAUUGAAGAGGGACUUACGCGAAUCUAUGAAUAGAAUCGCGGAGACAUUGGAUGAGGACACGAAAAAUAAACUUAUCGAAGAAAGUAAAAUAGUCUUUGACUUGAAUAACGAAAUUAUCAGAAGUGUGCAGACUGGCAGUCAUGUCUUUGAAAAAUUACUCUAUUUUAUCGGUCAAAUUGUGUUAAUCCUCUGUGUCCUGAUAAUAGUCCUCAAUAUUCUCUUCAAAUACAUUAUACGUUAAUAGAUGUUACUUUGAUUAAUGCUAAUUUAACGUCGAUUCGGUAAAAAAAAAAAAAAAGAAAAAGAAAAGAAAGAUUAUAACAAUUUCAGCAAGAAAGUGCUGAUAUCAAAACCAAAAUGUACAAUAUAUUAUUUAUGCGCU